UUGUGCUCUUCCAGCCCUGAAGUCAAGUCUUCCCUGCAAACCAUGUUCACACGCUUGCAUUUUGCAAUCCAAUAUAUUUGUUGCACGCCUUAACGGAUCACUUUCACUCUCUCUCUCCCUCUACUUCUCUCUCUAAUGAGCUCCAUUGCAGCUCUCCUUGUGUGCCUCUUCCUUUCACUUCAUCAAAGAACAUGCUCCGGCGCCGGUGCUGAUGGUGCAGCAGCACACAACCUCUCCUCCUGCCUCGUCUCCCAUGGCGUCACCAACUUCUCCUUCCCGACGUCUCCAAGCUACGCCAUCCUCCUCAACUCCUCCAUCAGCAACCUCCGGUUCACGCUCCCCGGCGUCGGCAAGCCAACCGCCGUCGUGCUCCCGGCCUCGAGGGACGGCCUCCGUGGCGCCGUCCUCUGCGCGCGCGGCGGGUCGCUGGCCGUCCGCGUGCGCAGCGGCGGCCACAGCUACGAGGGGCUGUCGUACACCACGGAGAACCACGUCCCCUUCGUGGUGAUCGACCUCAUGAACCUGAAUCGGGUUCGGGUCGACCCAGGCUCGGCCACGGCCUGGGCCGAGUCAGGCGCGACCCUGGGCGAGUUGUACUACACCGUGGGCCGGUCGAGCCGGUCCUUGGCGUUCUCGGCUGGGUCGUGCUCGACCGUCGGUCUAGGGGGCAUCAUCUCCGGCGGCGGCUUCGGGCUGCUGUCGCGGAAGUUUGCGCUCGCCGCCGACAACGUCUUGGACGCCGUCCUCAUCGACCCGAACGGUAAAAUACUCAGCCGGAGCACCAUGGGAGACGACGUUUUCUGGGCCAUUCGCGGUGGCGGCGGCGGGAGCUGGGGAGUGGUGUAUGCUUGGAAGCUCCGGCUCGUCCCGGUUCCUCGCAACAUCACCGUGUUCACGGUGGGUCGAACCGGUCCGGUCGAACUCGUUGCCGGGUUGAUCUACAAGUGGCAAUUUGUUGGGCCGAACUUGCCGGAUGAUUUCUACCUGUCUGUGUACCUCCCUACCGGGUCAUCAGAUGGCAAUGUCUCUGUCUCAUUGGAAGGCCAAGUUUUAGGACCAAAGCAUCUUGCCUUGUCAGUGCUCACUCAAAGUUUCCCGGAGCUGGGCUUCAUGGAGUCAGACCUAACUGAAAUAAGCUGGGUUGAGUCGACGGCCAAGUUUGCCGGCCUCAGCAAACACCUACCAAACCGAUGGCUCGGAUUCAAGCAGUACUCCAAGAGCAAGUCCGACUAUGUGCAAACGCCGAUCUCUAGGCGUGACAUGGUAAACAUCGUUCGAUACCUAUCCGUCGGGCCACAAGGGUCCAUCAUAUUAGACCCUUACGGCGGCGCCAUGGCUCGGAUAGGCAGCAACGAGACGCCGUUCCCUUAUCGGGCCGGAAACCUCUACAGCAUUCAGUACGGUGUGUACUGGGACCAAUCCGACCUGGACCGUGCUGGUGAGUACAUCGGGUGGCUCCGAUCACUCCACAUGUACAUGACCCCCCACGUGUCGAAGGAUCCCCGUGCCGCAUAUGUCAACUACCUAGACCUCGACCUAGGCACCAACAACUGGACGAGUCCGGCGGGCAGGUCGUCGGAGGGGGCGGUGAAGCGCGCACGGUCAUCGUGGGGAGCGGCGUAUUUCGGGUCCAAUUUUGACCGGCUGGUCAAGGCCAAGACGUUGGUUGACCCCGGCAAUGUGUUCAACAAUGCACAAAGCAUUCCUCCUCUACACUACUAGAUGAGAAAUGACACUGAUUGCAAACUUGUACUCGUUAGAAUAUGCGUGUGAUGACGAAGAUGCAAGUAAAGUAUUUACCUCCGCUUUCAAUUA